GAAAGUUGGCCUCGCGUUCAACGGCAAGGGAUGGUGACGUCACGUGAACGGACCAUGCAGUCUGAGAAGUACAGAUGGUGUGCUGUCGAGUGCGCAUGCUUCCAGUACCUCACCUUCCUAUCAUCCUCUGCGGACGGCGAGGUCACGGUUCACGAUAGCGAGCAUGCGACCCUGCUGCAGGCUCGACGUCUAGACCGCCGACAUGCCCAUUGCACCAUCGUCGCGCGACUUCGAGGCCGCGGAGACUUCGCAAGCCUUGUUCGUCGGCGCUUCAUCCGAAUGGCCCGAGGGCACAACGUGGCGGCCACGGCCUGACCACCAGACUGCCACUAAUGCAUGGGGCAGAGCAUAGACACCAUGACCUGCAGUUGUCGCGACAGCAAGUGUAUGGGAGUCGCACGUGAAAAGCGGACUCUUUGCCGCCGUGCCGUAUCGGAGGGGUGGAAGCGUGAUGCCCGCCCGCUAUCACGCAAGAUUAGCCACAUGGCAAGGCUGUCGGCUAAUUGGACGGCAGCACACCCAAUCUUGCACCAUCUGCACGGCGGCAUGCGUGCUGCGCUAUCAAGCUCUCUCGCCCCCCUCUCUCGUCUCUCACUCCAAUGCGGGAAGAGCGGAGAGAUGUCUUGCGCCUGCGCAUCUCGUAUCUCCUGGGCCUGGCCCUCGGUCCCCCCGACGUUACCUCGUGCCGUCUCGUUGCAUUUAUACCCCAUUGCCUCCCCCCAUCCUCUCCAUAUUGACUGUGUCGGAAGGCGGCUGUCACAAUGUCGUCCUACGAGUUUACAGCGGACAAAGCUGCCCAGUAUGGCGACUCCAAACCCGUUGUCGAUGUCGAACAGACGUCCGCGUCCGAUGGCCCGGUCGAGGAGUUUGAGGAGGUCUCGGAGAUGAGGUACGUGCCUAGCUCUUGGGACAUCCUGGGCGGCAACUGACGCCUGCCUCCAGGCCUGGCUUGCAUCAGCGACACAUUCAGAUGAUAGCUUUGGCGGGUAGGUUUUGCCAUCCUCUCCAACCCAGACUCCACAAUCUUGACCGUUCU